AUGGCUCCGGACACCACGAACGAGACAACCGUCUCCACAUCAACCAAGAGCGAAGCACCUCUUCUCUACCCCGGCCUCAACCAAGACGAACUCCAGGCGAAGACAGCUAAGUACCUACUCAACUACGGAACCAAGUUCAACAAAGACAUCAUCUGUGGUAGCAAAGGCCUAUAUGUCUACACGGCGUCAGGCCACAAAAUCCUGGACUGGACCUCAGGACAGAUGUCAUGUCUACUAGGGCAUGGACAUCCUGAGAUUGUCAAAGUAAUUGCACACCAUGCCGCCUCUCUGGAUCAUCUCUUUUCAGGAAUGGUCUCGCCCCCGGUGAUCAGUUUAGGCGAGCGGCUCUGCAGUCUCCUCCCGCCUGGCCUGGAUAAAGCGUUCUUCCUUUCAACUGGAGGCGAGAGUAACGAAGCAGCCAUCAAGUUGGCAAAAGUGUAUACAGGGAGAUUUGAGAUUGUCGGAUUGGGAGCCAGCUGGCACGGCGUUACGGCACAAGCACUGGGCACGCAGUAUCACUUCGGUCGCAAGGGCCAGGGCCCACUGAUGCCUGGUAUGCUGAUGCUUCCUCCACCCAACGGGUAUCGGUCUGUCUUCCGUAAGCCUGAUGGCUCGUAUGACUGGGAUGCGGAACUGGAGUAUGGUUGGCGCAUGAUUGAUAUGCAGUCGUGUGGCUCACUGGCUGCUUGCAUUGUUGAGUGCAUCCAGUCGUCCGGCGGAAUGCACGUUCUACCGUCGGGGUAUCUUGCAACAUUGAAGAAGCACUGUGAGAAGCGCGGAAUGCUUCUUAUUGUCGACGAAGCCCAAACAGGAGUUGGGCGGUGCGGUGACUUGAUGGCGACCAUCCACGAUGGUGUCGUCCCCGACAUUCUUACGCUGAGCAAGACACUCGGCAAUGGUCUUCCGUUGAGCGCGGUUGUCACCAACGCUGAGGUUGACCGGGUCUGCUCCGAACGAGACUACUGUUUCUACACAACUCAUGUUAAUGAUCCGCUUCCCGCCGCAGUUGGCGACAAGGUCCUCGAAAUUGUGGUUCGCGACAAUCUUGUUGAGCACUCACGUUCUAUGGGCAAGAUCCUCCACAACGGUCUCAACAAACUGAAAGACAAGUAUGGCUGCAUUGGCGAUGUACGUGGGCGAGGCCUCAUGGCUGGCGUUGAAAUUGUCGAGGACCGCGAAUUCAAGACACCCGCUCCGGAUUUGGGUAGAGCUGUCGCUGACCGUGCCUACGAGUUGGGUUUAUGGGCAAAUCUGAGUAGCCAUUCUAGUUUUGGGGGAGUCUUACGAAUUGCACCUCCGAUAACAAUCACUGCCGACCUGCUACUUAGCGGUCUGGAGCUUCUGGAAAAAGCAUUUGAGACAACACCCGGGACUAUGGCGCUUUGA